AUGGAUGACCUGGAGGGCUCCUGGUCGGUGUCCCUGCAGGCAGCAGCGGUAGCGGUCAACGCGAGCUGGACGGAGGGCGCGGGGCUCGGUGUGUCCAGGCAGACCCAGCUGGUCCUGGAGAUCCUCAUGGUGCUGAUGUGUUUGUGCGCUGUGGCAGGUAAUAUCCUUGUUAUUGUUAUUGUGGCUGCAACCAAGACUUUCCACUCGGUGACGUCAGUGCUGAUCAUGAACCUGGCCAUCAGUGACCUCCUGGUGGGCGUCGGAGUGAUGCCUUUUGUUGCUUUGUCCGUCAUGAACCGUGGAUGGGUGGAUUGUACUGACCUCUGUUCGUACGUGGGUUACACCUCCUCUGUGUACUGUACAGCCUCUGUACUGACAUUGGCAGCCAUCGCCCUCGACCGCUACCACUCCAUCAUGGACUGCCUGCUCUACAACUCCCGUUGCACCCUGUGGAGAACUUGUGCUGUUGUCCUGUGGAUCUGGCUGCAGGCUCUGGUGACCAGUUGUCCUCCCCUGCUGGGCUGGAGCUCCGUCAGCUAUGUGGUUCCCAUGUUCAGCUGUGCGGUCAACUGGGCCAGCAGUCCCAGCUACACAGCUUUCAUGGCUGCCCUGUCGUACCUCAUCCCGGCAGUGGUCAUCCUCUUCUGCUACGUGAACAUUGUCAAGGUGGCCCGCAGCCAUGCCAGGAGGAUUCACACAUUGGAGGACUCUGUCCAGUGCAGCAGGAAUCCAAGCUCUGCCUUCGCUCCUGCUGAGUCCUCUCACCAGCACUGUGGGAGCCACAGCAGCCCCUCGACACUGAUUUAUCAUGUGAGUGGACAGUUUGUGUCUGAGGUCAGUAGAGAGGAGGGGGAUUAUACCAGCCCCUCUCUCCCCGAAUCUACGACAGAGCAGAGUAACCCUUCAUCCAGACGUUUGUUCUCCUUCCUGGCUCAGAGCACCUCCCAGCCACCGCUGCCGAACUCCCAUCAGCACCAGAGCCAGCGUGGACUGGUGCGUCUCUUUCUGGUCAUCGCAGCCUUCUUCCUCUGCUGGACACCUUAUAUAGGCGUGGCCCUGUUUCAGGCCACAGAAACUGCAAUCUCGGGCCAAUCCAGCCUCGUCCCACACUCUGCCGUUACCUUUUCGUACUGGCUGGUGUUGCUGAACUCUGACAUCAACCCGCUGCUGUACGCUCUGCUCAGCAAACGUUUCCAGGGCGCUCUUCAGUGUCUGAGGCAAAAAAUAAGAGCACGUCUGGGGAGUGUGGUGGCCAGGGAGGGGGAGGUCAGAGCAGGGGGAGAUGAAGGCAGGAGCACUCUGACCACCACCCAUCCUGGUCCGCCUUCCAGCUCUGAGAGUUCAACCUGUGAUGACUCCAAGUAUUCCUCCUCCAUUUUUACCAUCAGCACUGACUUCAAGCAUCACUCUACCUCCCCGUCCUUCUCAGUGUGGCAAGAUGCUGGAGGUGAAGGGAGGGCGGACUGCCUGCAGGUCCCCUCUCAGCCACAAGAUGGCAGCAGAUUACCUUUCUCUGCUCUGACCAGGGAGCGUCAGGCCACUUUCUUCUAUGGACAGAUAACAGUCAGAGUGGAGCAUGAUGUUUCCUAG